GCUGAAAUAAAGACACGCUAAGAAAUAGCUCCGUGCCCGUCUACUUUAUGGGUCGUAGACAAACUUACAAAUACCGGGGACAUACAUAACAAGUGGCGACGAGGUGCUUUGAGAACCCACGGGCGCGGUAUGUCUGGAAUGUGUGUGUGUAGUCAAGUUUUAUGAGUGGCGGUGUUUUACUGAGGAGAAGCUAACGCGGCUAGUUAGCAUUUGGCGCGUCACAGCCUGCGUCUGUUGUGAAUAGCGCGAAGAGGAAUAAAAAAAAAAAAGGAGAAGAGGAGACGUGUGACAUCACCGGAGGGAGGACCCAUCUGAGGAGGAAUAAUUGUCAGAGGAUAUUGCUAACAACCAGGAGCCUGAAAGGAAAAUGGCAGGAGUCGUUGGUAAUAUUGGCCCUUUUGAUGAACACGUGGAGCAGUGGAGUGCAUAUGCAGAACGUUUUGACUAUUUUGUAUUGGCAAAUGACAUUGCUAAUGAUAAAGUAGUACCCACAUUUUUGUCAGUGAUGGGUCCAAAGACAUUUAAUUUGUUGCGUGACCUGCUGCAGCCCACCAAACCGGGGACCAAAACCCAUGCAGAAACAGUGGAUGUUCUGACCCAGCAUUUUUCACCCAAACCAUUAAUGCUCGCAGAAAGGUUUAGAUUCCACAGACGUAAUCAAGAAGAGGGGGAGUCUGUUACCAUGUUUGUUGCAGCGCUGAGGAAAUUAGCUGAACAUUGUGAAUUUGGACAAGGUUUAAAUGACGCAUUGAGAGACAGAUUGGUCCUCGGACUGAGAAAUGAAGCCGCUCAGAAGAAACUGCUGACCAAAAGUAACCCAACGUUGCAGAAAGUCAUUGAAAUCAGUGUCGCCAUGGAAAUGGCCUCAAAAGAGGCUCACCAAAUGAACGCUACAGGCGGAGUGCAUAUAGUUCAAACGGAUAGACCUAGUGGACAAGGGACAUGUUUCCGUUGUGGAAAAUCAGGACACCUAGCCACGUCAUGCUGGUGUAAGGAUAUGGACUGUCGCAGUUGUGGAAAAAGAGGCCAUAUCGAGCGGGCCUGCUUAAGAAAAAAGAACAAGGAGAAAACAUCAAAGUCUGCCAACAUACAUGACUCUGUGAAGAACAGGAGAAAAACACAGGUGCACACUGUGAGACAAAGGGAGACUGUGUCCAGCGAUUCUUCGGAAGGAGAACAGGAGAUGAGUGUACACACACUGAAUAUAAUGAAGAUGGAUGAAGAUUCUGAGGGUUACUGGGUGGAGCCCAUGCUGGAGGGGCACCCAGUGAGUAUGCAAAUAGACACUGGUUCAAAAGCAUCCAUCAUCUCAGAUGGGGUUUACAAAAAAGUUUUGAGACACCUUCCGCUCCGACAGUCUGAUACUAGGUUCAAAACCUAUCUAGGGGAACCUGUACCCAUGGCAGGAAUGACUGAUGUCGUGGUCCAGAGUAACAAUCAGGUGAGGAAGCUUCCCAUCUCUGUUGUUAAAGGUGAUUGCCCGGCUAUUCUGGGACGUGUGUGGCUAGAGAAAAUGAAGCUAAGCUGGCACACUGUAAAAAUGGUAUCACCAAUGGCUACUAGUCUAGCUGCUAUUUUGAGGAAACAUGAUGAGGUUUUCCGGAAGGAGUUGGGCAGUAUGAAGGACAUUACUGUCAAGCUAAACAUUAAACCGGAAACAACACCAAAGUUUAUGAAGGCCAGGUCGGUACCAUAUGCUAUCCGAUCGAAAGUGGGGGAUGAGUUGGACGCAUUAGUUAAAAGCGGUGUUUUGGAACCGGUGACUGUCAGCGAGUGGGCCACGCCCAUAGUUCCCGUACCCAAGAAGACGGGAGAAAUACGAAUCUGUGGAGAUUUCAAAGUGACACUGAACCCUGUACUGUCAGCAGAACAGUAUCCUCUUCCCCGCAUUGACGAUUUGUUUGCUGGGCUGAGUAAGGGGCAAAAGUUUAGCAAAAUAGACCUUAACCAAGCCUACUUACAAAUGCACGUGCAUGAGGAUUCUAAAGACUUGCUCACCAUAACUACACAAAAGGGGCUUUUCAGAUAUUGUCGACUCCCUUUCGGGAUCACAUCAGCCCCUGCACUUUUCCAACGUGCCAUGGAUCAGAUCCUACAUGGCCUCCCUGGUGUACAGUGCUAUUUGGACGAUAUUCUGUGCACAGGAAGUACGGACCAAGAACAUCUGGACAAUUUGGAUGCUGCUCUUCAAAGGCUGAAAGAGUAUGGGCUCAGGGUUCGCAAAGACAAGUGCGAAUUUUUUCAACUGUCUGUUGAAUAUUUGGGACAUGUAAUUGAUGCCCGAGGGUUGCAUACUGCGCCGUCAAAGGUUCGAGCGAUAGUGGAUGCCCCGCCGCCAGAGAAUGUUAGCCAAUUACGUUCAUUCUUGGGCUUACUGAAUUAUUAUGGCCGUUUUAUACCGAAUUUGUCAUCCAGACUCAAGCCGCUGCAUGACUUACUUUGUCAAGGAAAGAAGUGGAAUUGGAGUGGUGCCUGUCAAGAGGUUUUUCAGAAAACAAAGGAGACAUUAGUGACGUCAGGGGUACUGACCCAUUUCGAUCCAUCACUCCCCAUUCAGUUGGCCUGCGAUGCAUCCCCGUAUGGAGUGGGGGCGGUCAUUUCACAUUUAAUGCCAAACGGGGUAGAGAGGCCUAUAGCAUUUGCAUCACGGACCUUGAACAAAGCAGAGACUAACUAUGCUCAGAUAGAGCGGGAGGCGUUGAGCAUAGUCUAUGGGGUUCGCAAGUUCCAUCAGUACCUGUAUGGGAGACAAUUUACAUUGCUGACAGAUCACCGACCCCUGACGACCAUCCUGGGGUCGCACACUGGGUUACCCUCACUUGCCGCGAGUCGCAUGCAGCGGUGGGCGUUGCUCUUGUCAGCACACUCGUAUGACAUCAAGUAUCGCAAGGCUGACCUGCACGGCAACGCCGAUGCCCUGUCCAGGUUGCCUCUUCCUAUCACCAGGCCUGAGCCGCGGGCAGCAGAAAUCUUUUACUUCAGUCAAGUGGAUGGUGCGCCAGUUUCUGCUGCUCAUGUGAGGAGGGCCUCUUGCACUGACCCUGUCAUGUCUGCGGUGAUGGACAUGGUGAUGGGGAGUAGAUCAGGUAGCGAUGCCCCCAGUAUUCAACCUUAUCUCUCCAGGAGAGCAGAACUGUCGGUGCAAUCUGGUUGCUUACUGUGGGGGAGGAGGGUGGUUAUCCCGCCAUCAUUGCGUAAAUCAGUUCUGCAACAGCUCCAUGCAGGUCACAGUGGAAUAGUUCGAAUGAAGGAGAUAGCAAGGAGUUACUUCUGGUGGCCAGGAGUGGACCGAGAGAUAGAGACUACCGCCAAAACCUGUUCCUCAUGCCAAGAAGUUAGGAAGGCACCCCAACUAGCUCCUCUACAUCCCUGGGAGUUUCCCGAAGAACCAUGGCAACGGGUGCACAUUGAUUUUGCAGGACCUGUAGAGGGUUGUAUGCUCCUUGUGUGUGUGGACGCCCACAGUAAGUGGCCGGAAGUGGCCAUAAUGAAAACCACUACCACUGCAAAGACUAUUGAGAGGCUGGGGGAGAUUUUCAGCCGGUUCGGUUCUCCUCUUCAGUUGGUCUCAGAUAACGGGCCACAACUGGUGUCACAAGAAAUUACUACCUUCCUGGAAGCAAAUGGCGUACAACACAUUCGAUCUGCACCAUUUCACCCUGCAACCAUAGUCAAGCGAUCUGGUCCUGUCUCUUACACCGUUAGUACUGCUGCUGGACUGGUAUGGAAAAGACACGUCGAUCAACUUCUUCAGGCAACAGCAUCGACCCCCAACCAGCCGUCGGUGGAUACUCCGAACGAGUCCGAGUUCAGCGCACCCCAUCUCCUGCUGCCACCACCCCAAAGAACAAUGGAAUAUACUGGUGAGACUUCUGCUUCCGACUCUUCACUACGAGAUCCUGUGAUGGAUGUUCCAACACGCACGGCUGUUCCAGAGUCACCCAGCGGAGACCGUAAGACUGAACAUUCUGUUGAGCCCCGUUAUCCGGUAAGAGAACGUCGUCCUCCAGAACGCCUGAAUUUAUAGACUCUAUGUUUAGAGACCAACCCAAACCAACUGGGGCAGAAUAAUCCCCAUGGGUGUGGUCACGGGGUGAGGCCGUUUAACCUCACCUCAGAGUUAUGUUGGGUAACUGUUACCAAA